AUGCCUCCUUCCAGAUCUAAGACUCGGCACAAAAAGUUUGGAAAAGAGAAAGUGUUGAAUUGUGAGAAAAAGGCAAGCUCCCCAGGACAUUCAAAGAUCCACUGCGGGAGACAGUGGGACGAGAAGAGUAAAGGCCAGAUGAAGGGCAAGGAGUCAUUACCUGAACAAGAUGACACCCUUGAAGGAGAACCCUUAAAAAGCCAGAGGCUAGAAAGACUUCAGGGGAGCAAAGAAAAUGGCCACAAAAAGGUAUCGCAGGAAAAAAGAGCCCACAAGAGAAAUGAUAAAAGAGAAUCUGUUCUGGGGAGAAAAAAUGGACAACAGUUAGUGUCCAAGUUGGAGGGGAAAAAAGGGCAGUCCUGCAAGCAACAGGGAAUGACAUCAGGGCGAGAAAGUGAGGAUAGUAGUGAUAAGGAGGGAAAAGCCACCACAAACAGUAAGAAGCACAGUUUUAAAAAGAAGUGUGAAAAGCUUCCUGCUGUUAGUGAAAAAGUCACUGAGUCAGAGUCUGUAAAGUCAAUUGCAGUGCAAAGUGUUGAAGGCUCCCCUCAGAAACAUGACUUGCCACAGAAGACACACAAUGCCAGGCCCAGGGAAAAGCACAACAAGAAUCAUGGCUUUGAGGAAGCUUCUGAGCGGAAGUCAGGCUCUCAAUCCCUGGGCAGUAUGGCACAGGGAAAAGAUGAGAGAACUGGGGAAAAGCAAGCUGGAAAACAUACCAGGAUUGUUGUCACUCAAAGUGCAGAAGAAAAUACCCUGGAAAUCUCCAGUAACUCUUGCUCUGACUCCAGCAGCAAAGGGCAUUGGACCCAUAGAAAAGGUACAAAAGAGGCUGUAGUGGAAAGUGUUGCAGACAGUGAAGAGAAAAAUAGUUUCUCAGAGGAAGACAGCAUCAGUGAGAAAGAAGCCAUGCUCAAAGAUCCUCCUGUGGCUGAAGGAAAAGGCUACAAGGAACUGCUUGAUGAAAGCAGUGGAGCAUCUAGUGAAAUUGGAAGGGAGCAGGUGACCACAGAUGGAAGGAAUGAAUCUGAGGGUGAAGGCACUGACUUUGCAGGAUUGGAGGCAGGGGAGAAAAUAAAGAAGCAAGAUGUCAUGCCGAGACAACCAAGAUCUAUUCCAGUUGAGAGCAGUGAGGAAGGGGAUGAUGUAAGCAUUUCAGGAUCCAAACUUAAAAGUCUUAGGAGCAGACAAACCGACAGUAGUGAAGCUAGCAAGGAAAAUAUUUUAGAAAAUGACAAAGUUCAAGAUAUGUCAAAAGAUGCACAUGACAAUUCUGACAGCAAUGGGGAGAACAGCACUGAAGAGAACACUGCCAAAGGAGAAGAAGAUACAACAAAACAACCGCUGCCCGGUGCUGUGAAAGCAAAACUCCACGUUCACCUUGGCAAGGUACUUCGAGGAACUGAAGAGGAGGAGAAGGUGAAUGAAGAAGGUAGCUCACUGGAAGAUAGCCCUCUGCUCUCCAAGCAGCAGAUGACCUUGAAAGAGAAAUCUGGGAGGUGUGAGACUGCAGAACAAAGUAAAGUGCUAGAAGAUAUACAGAGGGACAGUUCAUCAGACUGUGGCAAGCAGGAGUUAGCAGUGAUGAUGCUUACAAAGAAACGCUCUUCUCAAUCCCAAAUCCCUCUCAGUUUGAAAAGCAAACCUAAAAAUGCUGAGUCUAAACUAUUAACAAGCUGUAAACCAAAUCCUGUCCAGAUGGCUUUGGAAACCAACUCUGACCUGAAAAAUGUUGAAAGCAUCUGUUCAAAACCCAUGACUCUAGAAACCCUCAGUAUACAGAAAGAACAUAAGAUAGCUCAGAGUUUUGGAGAGAAAAGAUUAAAUCUUUCGGCUAUUUCAAGCUGCUCCACUAUUACCAAAAAAUCAUCUGAUAAGCAGCUCCUUGACAAGAAGAAGAAAGUCGGGAAAAUUAUUGGAAAAGUUAAAUUGAGUUCAGACCAGACCUUAGAGGCAAAAAAAGAAACAGAAACGGUUGCAGAGGCAUCUUCAGAAAAUGUGCAUGAUGAGAAAGCAUCCAAGUACUUGCACACCCAUUCUGCUUUUAGAAAAGUCACCAGCUGGCUUGGUCAAAAACCUGCCAAGAAAGCAAGCCUGAAAGUUCGCCUGCUCAGCGUGGCACGUGCAAUUAGUAUUUCAAAUUGGAUCUUGAAGAAAUUUAGGAAGAAGGAGAAAAGCAGCAAAUCUUUUGGGUUCAGAAGCAGAGUGGCAAUCCAGAUUGUGAGCACUGCUGGGUGGAUUGGUCGUUCUGGCAAAGCCUUCCCUGGUGCAGCUGGACAGUUGGGGAAGGCUGAGCUAGGUGACAAAGAAUCUUCUCCUCCAUUAGUGGAGGGGAAAGGUGGUGCUGAAGUGGCAGAAGAAGUGGCCUACUUUGAUUUGCCUUCUGGUGAUUCCCCUUUUCAUGGAACCAGUUCCUUUCCGUACUUACUUAGCUUGGAUGAGGAGAACAACAAUGCUUCUGAUGCCAGGUUUGCCAUAGUAUUCCCCAGAGUCCACAGCAUGGUUAAGACAAAGAGCUCCUUAUCCAGGGACUCUGGGAAUGGUUAUUCCCUAGAGAAACUGAGAUCUCUAUCAGAUGGAAAAUCUGUGAUGCCUGUGCAACAGGGCUGCAGGUUCAAAUGUGACCUUCCCAGAUAUUUGAUGUAUCAAAGCCCUCAUAGAAACAGUGAACAGGGCUUCCUUCCUUGUCAAGAAGAGGAUCCAAUAUCUACAUCAGAUUAUUCCAGUGAGGUAGAUGUCAAAGAGGGUUCAGGUGUCCUCCAGACUGCAGGGUCCAUAGUCACACCUUGUGUUCACUGGUCUCAGCAGCAGGCUCAGGAGUGUGAUCCUGCAGCAUGGCUGAGCUCUGAAUUGCUGCUGCCACCACUGACUGUUGAGAACCUAAGCAAAUGGGCCAUCUACAAGGACCCGCAUCUGGCCAAUAGCCAUGUGGUGAAGGUCUGCACGGAUCAGUGGGAGGCAGAAGACAUCGCUGACAACAUGCUAGAGAUGGAAUUCAUGCAGAAACAGGUGUACGUGCAUGAAGACCACUGUGUGGAAGUUGAGGAGAUUGAAGAUCUAACCAGACUCGAGGAAGUCUGUGAGAGCUCCGUUCUGCUGUGCCUGAAGAAGAGGUUCCAUCGCAAUCUUAUUUAUACUUACAUUGGGCAAAUUUUGGUUUCUGUGAAUCCUUUCAAAGACCUCAGUAUCUACUCUGAAGAUGUGGCUACCCAGUACCACCAAGGGACUUUCUCUUUGAAUGCCCCCCACGUCUUUGCCAUAGCAGAACUGGCCUACAGGCUAUCCCAGUCAUCCGAGCAAGAGCAGUGUGUUGUCAUCAGUGGACACAGUGGAUCAGGUAAAACAGAAGCUGCCAAAGCAAUUGUGCAGUACCUGACCAUGCUGUACCAGAGAUCAGACAGCCACAGGAUCAGACAGCCCUGCAAUGUCCUACCCAUCCUGGAGAGUUUUGGGAAUGCCAGAACCAUCCUUAAUGACAACUCAAGUCGUUUUGGAAAGCUUCUGAAUGUCCAUCUGCAACAUGGCAUCGUGGUGGGAACAUCUGUCUCCCAGUACCUGCUGGAGAAGUCUCGUGUGGUAUUUCAGGCCCAUGGUGAGAGGAACUACCACGUGUUUUAUGAGUUGCUGGCUGGGCUGCCUGUGGAGCAGAAAGAGGAGCUGUACUUGCAAGAGGCAGAGUCUUACUUUUACCUGAAUCAGGGCAGAGCCUGUGAGAUCCUGGGGAAGGAGGACAGUCAGGACUUUCUGGUGCUGGUGCAAGCUCUGGAGGGAAUCAGCCUCUCUGAUGACCAGCUGACCUCCACCUGGGCUGUCCUGGCCGCCAUUCUGCAGCUGGGGAAUAUCUGCUUUACCUCCUAUGAGAAAGAAUCUUAUGAACAUGCAGCCAUUGCCAGUGACACUGAGAUUCAGAUUGUGGCCAAUUUGUUGCAUGUCUCAGCGGAUUUCCUCCAAAGUGCUGUCACUCACCGUGUAACUGUGACAUCUUAUGAUCGGAUCUUCACCCCUCUGUCUGUAGAAGGAGCCAUCGAAGCCAGGGACUCCAUUGCCAAGACUCUCUAUUACCUGCUCUUUGAGUGGCUGCUGCUGAGGAUCAAUGAGUGGCUGGCUCCCUGGGAAUCGGACUGUGCCCUGGGCAUUGUGGACAUACAGGGGUUUGAGGAUCUGGGUGUGAACAGCUUAGAGCAACUCUGCAUCAACUUUGCCAAUGAGCAUCUCCAGCGUUUUUUCAGCCAGACUGUGAUUGCCCAGGAAGAGGAGGAAUACAGCCAAGAGCAUCUAGCUUGGAUUCCUAUUUAUGAGAUGUACAGUGAAUCAUGCCUGGAUUUCAUUGCUGCAAAACCCCAUGGCAUCUUGUGUAUCCUGGAUGACCAGACUUCACUGACACAGGCCACUGACCACACUUUCCUCCAGAAGUGUCAUUACCAUCACGGAAACAGCCCUUGGUACACCAAGCCCAAGCUGCCUUUGCCAGUCUUCACUGUGAAGCACUAUGCAGGCCCUGUCACCUACCAGGUCCACAAGUUUCUUAAUAAAAACCGUGACCUGCUGCGGCCAGAGGUGCUGGAUAUCUUCUCUCAGAGCCGCCUCAAGAUGGUGUCUCACAUUUUUCAGAAGGCUAAAUCUGCCUAUAGUCAGCAAAGGGAGAUGGGGGCCAGAGGCAAAGGGCUCAAGCCUCAUGCCUCCACACUGGUGUCCAAAUUCCAGCAGUCUUUGCAGGACCUCACAGCCAAGCUGAGAAGGAGCCAUGUCUUGUUCAUUCGGUGCUUCACCCCUAAUCCCAAAAAGCUGUCAAAUAUCUUUGAUGUGGAGUAUGUCACUUGUCAGCUGCGACACUCUGGGAUACUGGAGGCCAUCCAUAUUAGAAAGGAGGGAUACCCAGUCCGUCUUCCAUUCCAGAAAUUCCUAGCCAGGUAUGGCCUCCUGGCUGGGCGAAGGCACAGCUGCUUGGAGGAGAGGGAAGGCUGUGCAGCAGUGCUGUCUCGUGUGGUGGGGAACUCCUCAGAUCUCUAUCAGAUUGGAGUAACAAAGGUCUUUCUGAAGGAGCAGGCCAGGCAGCUUCUGGAGAGGCGGUGGAACCAGAGGCAGACUUGGGCCGUUGUUACUCUGCAAAGGAACUUCCGAUGCCUCCUUCGCCACAGGCGCCUCCGUGUCCUCCAGGAGAAAGUCACAAUCAUUCAGGCUCACUUCCGAGGUUACCAGGCAAGGUCAGGAGUCAAAGGCCAGGCAAGCUGCUACAACACAAUUGACCUUUCUCUUGCAGGUCAAUACCGAGCACAGGCCAACCAGAUAACUGAGGCACUGCCUCCAGAAGUGAAGGUCAAAGAUGACCUCUCCCUCCCACCCAGCAUCAACAGCCAUCCUUUCUCCUCUUUCAUUAAGUCACACUUCCAGAAGACAGAUUUCCCUGCCCCUGGUCAGCCUCUGCAGCACCCCUUAACCCAUCUGGAUGUCGAAUACCAGGAGAGUGCGCUUGAGAUCAACAAGCUGAUUUUGCGGUUCAUUGGUGACAAGAGUCUCCAGGGCUGGCAGGAGGUACUUCUGGGCAACUACAUUGCAAAGAGAGGUUUGAAUAAUGUGGCACUGCGCAACGAAAUCUUCAGUCAGGUGGUUGCCCAAACAUGGAGAAACCCAGAUAUGGAGCACAGCCAGCGAGCCUGGGUCCUGAUGGCAACCUUGCUGAGCUGCUUUGCCCCUUCACCGGCACUGGAGAAGCCAUUGCUUAAAUUUGUGUCGGAUCAUGGCAUGGAGGGCUACAAUGCUGUUUGCCAGCGCAAGAUCUUGACAGCAGCACAGUACACAGAGGUAGACUCUACGUUGUCUCGGGCCUACCCUCCCACUCAGCUGGAGUGGACUGCAAACCAGAGGAAAGGGAAGAUGGUGCUGGAUGUUCAUACCUUUAAUGAGGAGAAGUUUUCAGCUGAGGUGGAGUCCUGGAUGACUGGGGAGCAGUAUGCAAGUGGGCUCCUGCAUGCCAGGGGUUGUGAUAAGAAGUCUCGAGGGUGGUCUAUCUCCAUAUUUACUGGCAACACAUGGCAGGACCUGCUGGGCUGUGACUUUGUGCUGGACCUCAUUGGAGAGAUGGAGGACGUCAACAACCUCAGCGGUCCCUCUCAGUCCUCAGCUGAGUACCCCAUCACUCCUGAAAUGGACAGAAACUUCCUCCACGAAUCCGACCCGGACUCGAUCCCUCCUGCUCCAGGCAUCCGGGCCCCUACCUUCCCACCACCUAGCCUGCCUCCAGAAUUUGACAGUCCUUAUCCAGAUUCAAGAUUCAGAGAUGACCUGAGGACACCUGUAGGCUUGGAUCACUAUGUGGAUGAUCUCUUCAGCAGUGUGCUGCAUCAAGGCCCCAGAGUACCAGAUAUGGAGAACAGGGAGAUUCUGACUGGACGCAUGAAAGGAGGUGGGAAGAUCGGACCCACACAGAGAGGAGUCUUUCCUUCUACAGGCCUCUCUGGAAUGACUCAAGCACCAGUUUACCAGGCCAUGCCUUCAAUGAUGGCAAUGCCAGCAGCCAUGCCCAUGAUGCCAGCAGCUGGUGGGAUUGCUCCUGUGCCAGCCGUGGUUAUGCCCCAGCCUGCGAUUCCAGCGGUAGAUCCCAACCAGUUAGCAGCACAACAGCAAGCCUUCAUCAACCAGCAAGCCAUGCUCAUGGCCCAGCAGAUGACCCUUCAAGCCAUGAACAUAUCCCAGCAACAGCAGCAGCAGUGGCAAAAGUCUCUUGAGAAUUCAAAGCCAAGAGUUUCAAGUCCACCACAAGCCCGAGCCAUGGCUCCAGCCUCAAGCCCAGGCCCAGCCACUUUCCCAAAACCCAAUAAGCCCCCCAGAAGCCAGAAUGCUGCAUCAUCACCAAAGGCUCCAGAACCACCAGCUAAGACAGAAGAAUCGGUUUAUGACUACACAGAAGAUCAGUUCUCCAACAGUGAAGAUGAUGACUAUCCUCGGGAAACCUUCCAGCAGAAGAGAGAAUAUUUUCAGAAGAUGGGAGAGCAACAGAUCCGAGUGAAGAAGGUCAGACCUCCUUCCAGAACCUGGACUCCUCCAGCAAAUCCCCAGCCAAAGCAGCAGGAGGAGCCAGAGAAGAGGGAAGAGGAAAAACCUAGCCCUAAAAUAGAGGCAGUCUGUUGGUUAAAGCUAUCAUCCCAAAUAGCUCCUGCUCCCUCCUUGCCACCUCCUGAGCCAAAACCAAAAAAACAGACACCAACAGUGAAGAAGGAGCCCCCUGUGGUGAAGCCUUCAGGCCCUGAGGCGCGGCCGGAACCCAGCCGGGAGAUCCGCAACAUCAUCAAGAUGUACCAGAGCAGGCCAGCCCCCGAGCCCCAGCCCAUCGAGCCUGUCAGGAGAGUGUCCAAGCCAUUUAUAAAGAAGAAUGACCCUAAAAAUGAGGCUCUGGCCAAGCUGGGAAUGAUGAACCUCCCAUCUCCCAAAUCACCAUCCCCUCUUCCACAAGAGAAGAGAACACCUCCACCUACCAAACCCAAGCCAGGCUCCGCUUCCAGCUCUAUCAAAGAGAAGCAGCUGCCCCUCCUGGCCAUCUUCAGCCAGCAGAAUACCCCAACUCCUACUGCUCCUCCUUCUCCACCAACACUUGCACCUCUCCUGGAGCCUGGGAACCAAGGCUGGCAGGAAUCCACAGGGAACAGCCCUACUGUAACAGUAGCAGAAGAUGAUGGUAUCAAGACCCAGCUGUACAAGCUCACUACCAGUGUCAGCUUCUCCUAUGUCAACCCUGCUUGGAAAAUCUUGCUGCGUAAAGAGGUGUUUUACCCCAAAGAAAAUUUCAGUCACCCUUACUGUCUCAACUUGCUGUGUGAACAGAUCAUGCGUGACACCUUCUCUGAUUCCUGCUUUCGGAUCUCCAGGGAGGAGAAGCGCAAGAUGAAAGACUUGCUGAUGGAGUUCCGGGUUGGCAACGAUGUCCAGUCCAUUCAGGAGGAUGGGAUAAAGAAGAGGAUUGUACUAGCUGCUCGGGAUAACUGGGCUAACUAUUUCUCCCGCCUUUUUCCAGUUCAUGGUGAAAAUGGAAGUGAUGUCCAGAUCCUGGGUGUUUCUCACCGGGGAAUGCGGCUGCUGAAGGUGGUGAAAGCAGCUGGCUACAAUCCUGAGCACCUGAAGAUUCUUCACAGCUACAGCUUUGCAGAUGUGCUGUCAGUGGAACUGAAGAGCAACAAUGCCCUGGAGUUCUCUCUGAAGACAGAGCAGCUCUUCCUGCACUCUCCAAAGGCUCCACACAUCAAGGCCAUGGUGGAACUCUUCAUCCAGGAGCUGAGGCAGGAUACCAACUACGUUGUUGCUCUGCGCAGCUACAUCACGGAUGACAAGAGCCUUCUUAGCUUCAAGAAGGGUGACCUCAUUGAGUUACUGCCCAUGCAAGGCGUGGAGCCAGGCUGGCAGUUUGGCUCCACUGGUGGCUGCUGUGGUAUUUUCCCCACCAGCCUAGUGCAAUUGGCUGCAGCCCCUGAUUACCUCAGCACCAGCAUGGACAAACGUGGAGGGCUGUGGAAGGGAAUGAAAGCUUCCCCAGAGAGCAGGAACACCAGCAGGGAGGGUUCUGUUCUCAGCCUGACAUCAGAACCCAACAGCACCAUGUUAGUCCCUGCUGGCAAUCGUUACACCAUGAUGGACUUUGCCACAGCCUACUUCCGAGAGGCCCAGUCCAUGCAGAGACUGAAGGGGACGUCUGCUGAAAAGAAGAGUGCAGCUGACAUGGUCCAGCACACCAAGGUCCCAAUCCAGGAGUCCUUGCUCCAGUACUCUGACAGUGACCUGAAUGAGCUUGCCACAAAGAACUUCAAGACUCUGAUGCGGUUCAUGGGAGAUCAAUCAAAACUCAAGAACCAGAAUGAGGUUGAAUGCAUCUAUGAAAUCCUUCAGCUGUGCAAGGAGAAGGAGAGUUUGCAUGAUGAGGUCUACUGCCAAGUCAUCAAGCAGGUCACCCGAAACCCUAACCAGGAGAGCACGCUGCGUGGCUGGUUGCUCCUAAACCUGCUAACUGGGUACUUCCUCCCUUCUAACCUCCUGAUGCCCUAUGCCACCAAGUUUCUGCAGCUAGCCAGCAGUGAUCCAUCUAGCACCCACCAUGAUACAGCCAAGCUCUGUCAGAGCAACCUGCGGAAGAAUUUCCUGUACGGGGGCCGUCGCCACCUUCCUUUCCCUGUGGAGAUAGAGGCAUUGCUGGUGGCCAAGGAGCUCUUGCAGGAAAUUUGUGAGCAGAUGGGGGCAGGUGAACAGGAAGAGAUACAGGAAUUUGUUCUUCUUGCCAUCAGGAGCGACAACAAUAAUCAUGGUAAAGUGGUGAGACCAAUAAGAUCAGAGGAGUAUCUGCAUGAUUAUCUGCUGGAGGACAAGUCGGUCACCGUGACUUUACGCAGGCUCACCUGGAGGACACCUCUGCACUUUGAGAACAAAAUUUAUACUGAUGUCCAUUAUGGACAGAUACUGUGGGACUACCUGAAUGGGAGGAUACUGGUGAGCCAUAGCAAAGAAAUGGAGAUGCAGGUGGGCAUUUUGGCAAUGUUCCAGCACUGGGCCAAAACAGAGCAGCAAAACUCUGCUCCCUCCAGGGAAGAGCUAAAGGAGUACAUGCCAAAGACCCUGCAGUCCUCCAUCAGACUCCACGAUGUGGAAAACCAUGUUGCAAUGCUGCUGAGAACCAGGGAGCCCCUCCAGUCAGUGGAUGCAAAAAUCCAGUUCAUAGAGCAUGUGAUGAAACUACCUUUCUUUGGCUACAACACCUACUUCGUAGAGAGAGUCAGUGAUGACACAAUCUCUGUGCCCUGUUUCUUUGGUGUGAAUAAAGAAGAGAUCAUUGUGGUGGAUAGCAUCACUCAGGAGGUGUCCUGCGUCAUCCCGCUGAGGGAGCUGCGGCGGAUGCGAACGCUGCGGCCUGUCUCCGAGGGCUGGCUUCCCGGCAUAGAACUGAACUACGGCUCAGCUGCCAGCCCCAAGACUAUGUGGCUUGAACUGUCACAGGCCAAAGAAAUGUAUCACACGAUUGUUGUCAUCCUGGAUAAAGUAGAGUUGCACCCAUAG